AUGGAUCACAAUGAACUGAUUUCACUUCCAAUGGAUGCAUUUACGAAUUACAAAAAUUUAAGAAAAGUUGUUUUAGACAACAAUCAAAUCUCGUAUAUUCAUCCUCAAGCUUUCAGCAAUCUACAAGAACUUUCCAUUUUAUAUAUGAGUUCAAAUGAAAUGGGUUUACUGCCAUCAAAUAUAUUCUCUAAACUUUCAAAUCUAAAAAUACUAUAUUUACAUCGAAAUAAAAUUUCCUGCAUACAGAGAGGAUCUUUUGCAGGUUUAGAACACCUACAAAUCUUACACUUAUCAAACAACCGUAUACAAACAUUCCCAAGAAAUAGUUUUGAAGACUUACGUCGAUUGAAAUAUCUUUAUUUAGUUCACAACCCACUUAUAUGCGAUUGUCAGAUAGCUGCUUGGUUACCAGCUUUUCUAACUGAAAAAGAAGCUGGUGGUACACAGUGGGCUAGAUGUGCAGAACCAUUAAAUGUUCAAGGUAGUCAUGUACGCGAAUUACUACCGCAUAUAUUACAAUGUCCAAGUAAGUUUCUGCUGCAACUUAAAUGUACAUGA